ACUCCGGGAGCUGGACCCGAUGCGUUGGUGGCGCAGCUGGGGCAUGGAGGGUCUAUAGGGCCAGAGGCGCCGAUCCCGGGUAGACCCGGUCCCGAUACCCUGGAAACCUGGGGGCGGGGAGGUCGUGCUUUCCUGCCAAGUUUAAAAAUUCCAUGGGGCUCCUGGGUGGCGCAGUCGGUUAAGCGUCCGACUUCAGCCAGGUCACGAUCUCGCGGUCCGUGGGUUCGAGCCCCGCGUCAGGCUCUGGGCUGAUGGCUCGGAGCCUGGAGCCUGUUUCCGAUUCUGUGUCUCCCUCUCUCUCUGCCCCUCCCCCGUUCAUGCUCUGUCUCUCUCUGUCCCAAAAAUAAAUAAAAACGUUGAAAAAAAAAUUAAAAAAAAAAAAUUCCUCCCUGCCUGGGCCUGCCGCCCAGGACCUUGGUGUCUGUUCCUCCCUUUUGGGGUGUCCGUCACCUCCCCCACCCCCGUUGUGAGGUUGGCCACAGGCUCCAGGGCCCUGCGGGAUUUGUCACAGUGGACUCUGGAAUGACCCCAGGCUCGGUGGCCACGCCCAGUUUGGGAGCCCGAGUCGGAGAGCAAAUUGUUCCCUGCGGCCAGCGCCCCCGAUCGGGGUGACAGGCUGGUGCCGUCAGGGACUCAAGAAGCGUGGAGACGGGUGCCUCACAACAGAUAUUUGCCCAGAGCCGUGGACGUUCUGCGUGUGGCAGGGACUGCCCAGUGACCAGGGAGCCGGGACCAGGUUUGGUGGAGACCCGUGGUGCCGUGUCCGGGCUGCCCUGCGCUUCUGUGGGGCAAGCCGAGGGUCCGGGCAGGGGAGGUGGGUCUGCAGAGCCAGCUGUCAAGAGCUGCGUACCUGUCACCGCCUUCGAGAGCCCGUCCCUUGGCCAGCCCGUCAGCCGGGACGGAGAGGGACAGGUGGGCAGAAAUCCUAUUGAGUUUAUGAGGCACCAAAUGCACCAGCUGGUGGACAUCUUCUGUGACAGGACCCAACACCAAUCCCGAGGAGCACCGCAACAGAGGCUCAGGCUGGGAGAGGUGGAGGAUGGCUUCAACGAGAUCAUGCUGGAAGCCGUGGACCUUCACCAUCAUCAGAACAACGACGAGGAAUCCAGUCCGUUACUUCCCGAAGUGCGGCAGGAGCUACGUUCCAGAGUCUUGAGGUCCUCCGUCCUCGACCUGGAAGAGAAGGAGCACCCCGUGGUCCAGAAGACGGAGGAGAGCUUUUGUGACAGAGCCCUGAGGUUGUUCCGAAGGCUGCUGUACCAACUGCAGCUCAAGUGGCAGGCCGCACUGGCGUGGCUGAGGGAGAAGGUGGCCGCCGGCUUUCAGGCCUUCUGCGACGCGGUGGAGGCCAUCUGCAGCGCCUUUAACAGUUUCUGCACCUCAGUGGCUCAGGUGUUCAGGAGCGCCGCCCAGGCCUAGCCCAGCCCUCCCCGGCCGCUUUCCUUGUCCGGGUCCGGCCCGUCGCGCUGGCUGUGGCGUCCUAAUAAGGGUUGGCUGCGGGCGCCCGGGGGGCUCAGUCGGUUGAGCGUCCGCCUUCCGCUCAGGUCAGGAUCUCACGGUUCAUGGGCAUGAGCCCCGAGCCCCGCGUCGGGCUCUGUGCUGACAGCUCGGAGCCUGGAGCCUGCU